AUGCUGUGGAGCCAUCGUCUUCUCAGAGGUGGGGAAAAAGCUACUGCGUCUCCAGUCCAGUGCCCAUUUUCCUUUGCGGACGUGGCUGUGUAUUUCACCGUGGAAGAGUGGGCCCUACUGAAUUGGGGCCAAAGAGCUCUCUACCAGGAAGUCAUGCUGGACAACUAUAGGAACGUGGCUUCUCUGAGUAAGGAUAUUUGUGAGGUGCCAAAGGUGUGA